GUGGAAGUUGCUGUUGCUUGGAACAGAGAGAAAACGCUGCUAAGGAGUGCUGAGUGGCAAUGAAACAGCCCAGCAGGAAGAGGAUAUUUGGCAUGGGUUCCAGAGAGCACAUUGAUCAAGAUGGAUGCUCGGAGCAAGCUGAAGAAAAAAAGAAGCUGAGAGAGAGGGCAACAGUUUUGAGUCAAGUGCCAUCAGCGGUUGCCCAAGAACCGUGGUCCUGGGAGUGCUAUUUGCAAAAGAAGAAUGCUGCGGCAGCCCCCAUUGAGCUGUUUUCCCAGGAUCAGUCCUUUCCGGAGCACGAAAAUGGUUUUCAGGUUGGAAUGAGAUUAGAAGGCAUCGAUACCCAGCAUCCAUCUAUAUUCUGUGUGCUUUCUGUAGCUGAGGUGUGUGGCUACCGGCUGAGACUGCAUUUUGAUGGUUAUUUAAGCUGCUAUGAUUUUUGGACCAAUGCUGGUUCCCCUGACAUUCAUCCAGUUGGGUGGUGUGAAAAGACCCAACACGAGCUGCACAUCCCAAAGGGUUAUCGAAAAGAUAAAUUUGUUUGGAUAGAUUACUUGAAGGCCUGCAACUUGCAAAAUGCUCCAAAGAAAUUAUUCAGAAAUAGAAGUUCUCACGUGCCAGUGCCCAAGGAGUUGCAGAUUGGGAUGAAGCUAGAGGCCAUGGACAGGAAGAACCCUUCCUUGGUGUGUGUGGCCACCAUAGCAGAUAUCGUAGAAGAUCGCUUCAGAGUGCAUUUCGACAACUGGGAUGACAGCUGUGAUUACUGGUGUGAUGUUAAUAGUCAUUAUGUCCAGCCCGUUGGUUGGUGUCAGAAGAAUGGAAGAACUCUGAUGGCACCCCUAGGAUAUCAUGAUCCAGAAAAUUUUUCCUGGACAAAAUAUCUGGAAGCUACUCAAGCCCUUGCAGUUCCUGCUAAAGUUUUUAAAAUGAGACUACCUCAUGGUUUUCUACCACAUAUGAAACUUGAAGUUGUGGAUAAAAGAAAUCCCCGGUUGAUUCGUGUUGCUACCAUUGUAGAUGUUGAUGACCAGAGAGUAAAGGUUCAUUUUGAUGGCUGGGACCAUAAGUAUGACUACUGGAUGGAUGCAGACAGCCCUGACGUCCACCCCAUUGGAUGGUGUGAUGCAACCGGCCAUCCUCUGGAAGUGUCUCCUGGGGCAAAUGAUGUGAAAGUCCCUCCAGGUCAAGCUGUGUGUCCUACACCUGGGUGCCGAGGAAUAGGCCAUAUCCGUGGCCCACGCUAUGCAGGACAUCACAGCGCUUUCGGCUGCCCAUAUUCAGACAUCAACUUGAAAAGGAAGGCAACGCUUCACGAUCGUCUAAGAGAACAAACACAGGCAAAUUUGGAAUCAGACGCCUCACAUUCAAAAUCAGAAAACUUCUUUAGUUUAAACUUCAAUGGAAAACAUGAAAAGGUGAACAAUAUUCAGCCCAGACUUGUACAGGAGGCAAAGUGUUUGAAAAUCAAAGGAAAAGAAGAUAUUGACUUGGAUAAUCUCUUCAGAGAAUACUCAGCCAAGCAGGUGCACCAGGCACUUCACCAGUCAGUCUUCAUGACCUCCGUGUCGACCCACCAUUUCUGGGAUCUGCCCCUUGGCAGGGAGCAACACUACAAGCUGCUUCCAGGUGUGGCUGACAUCCAGGCCAGUCAAGUGGCCCAAUGGACAGUGGAUGAGGUGGCUGAGUUUGUACAGUCUCUUCUGGGCUGUGAAGAGCAUGCCAAGUGCUUCAAGAAAGAGCAGAUAGAUGGCAAAGCCUUCUUGCUUCUGACACAGACAGACAUUGUCAAGGUGAUGAAUAUCAAGUUGGGCCCAGCACUGAAGAUUUACAAUGCCAUCCUGAUGUUCAGAAACUCCCAGGACCUCAAUGAAGAUGGUGCAGCCUCAAGCCAAGAAGUCAGGGAUGAAAAUGGCACUGGACCUUGUUUAUUUCAGCAAUAAAGUUGACACACAUUCAUUUGAUUUUAGUGGUGAUACCCAUGUUUAAUGUGGUUCUUUCAAGGGUCUGUGGCUCUUGCAUGUUGAGGUCUUUGAUGAGUGGCUAAGUGCUAGUGGCUUAGUUUGUAAUGAGUGUGGGUUUUC